AUGAAUUCUAACGCUAAUAAUUUCGAAUUCGCUGAACUAGAUGAUGUAGAUGAGUUUCAAAGUUCAAAUGAAUAGCUAGUUGAUAAUAACUAAAAUGAAGUAAUGUUUUUAUUUGAAUUCUAAGAUAAAUAGGCUAAGCAUUUGAUUUCCCAUGAUGGAUCAUAGAAUUCGUUUAGAUCCUUAAAUCAGGUAGAUUAAUAAUACCAUUUUGAGAGUGCAAAUAACUCAUUCUCUAAGACUUAGAAAUAACCACAUUAGUUAAGUAAAAAUGACUUAAUUAUAAAUCUUGUUUAAACAAAAGAACAUGGUUAAUCAAGAAAUAAAAUCUAGAAAGGGUAGCAAACAAUGACUAAUUCCUUACCUUUCAGAGAGAAAAAGCUAUUUAGGGAUACAACGAGUAGUCCAAAUCAGUAGUGUUCUUAGAAUAACUACAGCUAAUCGCAUUAAUUUGUCUGCUCUGAUUAAUAAGAAGACAACUAAAAUGUUGUUCCAGUUGUAUAGGAUCAGCUUUAUCACUAAAACGAGAUUGGACUCGCUCAGUCAUAAAAUGAUCAGUACUAUUAAUCGACGCUUGCAAAUACUUUUAAUAAAAACAGAUAAAAUUUUCUUCCAAAUCAGAUAUAGCAUACCAAUUAAGUCAUCAAUUACAGAUAGCCUCUAGAUAUCUAGCUUUAAAACUUAGAAAUUAAUGCAAGGAAUUUUAAUAAUUGCAAGAGUCCCUCGUAAAACCAAAAUUAAGAUCACUAUCAAUUCUAUCUAUCUUAACAGCCCUCUUAUGUUCAAUAGCAAGAUGUCAAAUGUGAUUGCUUAGAGCGACUGAGAUUAAAAGUGGAAUAAGAGUUAGAUAGGCUUAGGGGUGAAUUCAAGAAGAAAGAAAGUGAAUUGAUUUCCCCACUAGUCUCUAAGUAUGACUUAAUAGAUUAAAAAAUUGAAUCUUUUAAGUCUUAAGUUCUAGGCAGAGUUAAAGAAUAUGAGUAAGGCAUGAUGAUGUAGGAGCAAACUAUAGGCUUAUUAAUCAAUUCAAUUCAGAGCAUAAAUAAUUUAGUCAUUUAAAAUGGAGGAUCCUAGGUAUUUGAUUAGAGACUUCAAGCAUUGACAAUCGGUGAUCAGUAAAGUAGUGAUGGUGAUAAAGAGUAUUACAACUACCCAAGAUAGAUUGCUAUUUAGCUAGAAAAAGCAACUUAAAUGCAGUAACAAGUAAUAAGGGAAACUAAAGAGGAUAUUGAAAAAGAGUUUGAUUAAUUAAGGAACUAUUAAGAGUUCUUAGACUAGUAAAAUGCAGAUUAUGGGCAAGAUAAUUGCCAUCAAGUCAUAGUGUAACAAGUUUGCAAUAAUCCAUAUGAAAUGAGCUAUUAAUAAUAACAGGAAUAAGUAAAUUAAAAUGAGUAAGAAGAGGAGCAGGAAAAUGAGGAGGAUAUUUCAGAGUGCAGUACUCCACCUUCAGAUAAUCUAAGUUUAGAGUAAUCUUUUGAAAAACACCAAGAAAGUGUUCUAUAAAAUUAGUAGUUACAAUUGGAAAGUGAGCAUCUAAUGAUUCAAGAAAGCAAUCGCUAGUAUUAAGUCACAACCAGCCGUCAAAACGCAUCCUCUUCAUUAUAGUAAAAUUGUCAGCCAGUCAAGAAUGAUAAAAUUUAGAAUAAUAAUUUGGUAAACAGCUUGAUGCUAAACGAUUCACAAAAGUUUUCAACUGGCAACAAGAGACUUUCAAACAGACAGUCUAAGCUAGCAACCAGAGUAUCUAAAAUGAGUUCUAAUAUAUACAGUCAUCUAUAGAAAGAUAGCAGUGAUGGCCUUAAUCUAAUGAAUUCAGUUAACCAAAAGAGCUUAGAACCAAGUACAAGAUAAAAGUUCCUUAGUCCUCAAGUAGAAGUAGCAUAUAAAGAAAAAGAUCAAACGUUUCAUCCCGUUUCAGGAUCAGCAAGUUAAUAUCAUAGGUAUUAAACAUAGCCUCACUCACAAGGCAAGUUGAGAGGAAACAGUCAAGUAUACGAAUACGAUUUGACUAAGGUGGCUCAUCACAGAUAAUAGUUUUAGCAGCAAUUGGGCAAAUUAGAAGAUAAUAUAUUCACAAGUCAAUAAAACAUUUACAAUGGUCCUCCACAUGACUUUACUUCACCUGGAUUUAUUUCAAGUCCAUUGAUAAUGAGAUAAGGAUAGAUCAAGAGAGUAUAUGAUCCAGAGUUAUUUAAAAGCUAAAUUCCAAUGAAUGAUUUAAGAGAGAGCACUGAUCUUGAAUAACUAAGACAGUAGUUAGAGAAAGGCAUUAUAUCUGCGAAUUCAACAUAUAUUUAGCCAUAGAACAAUGUACCAAUACCUUAUAACUAGCAAUCUCAUCAAAGAAUAAUCUAAUUUAAUCAAUCUUUGAACAGCUACUAGUGUCAUUAAGUUUUCCAAUAGAAUAAUAACAACUCUGACAUUGAUUAGUAAUUUGAACGAAAUAGACAAAAUAAUCACCAUCUAAAUGUACCCCAUGCUAAAUCAACUCGUUACUAUAGUUAAAAUUAGUAGAAGCAUUUUAUUGGAGGAGAAUACGCUAUAGAUCACUCUUAAUAAAAUGACUCAAAUAUAUUGCAACAAAAUCUCUAGUAUUAGAUAGACAUUGAUAACAAUAACUAUCAAGAGCAUUGGCAGGACAGUUAAUAUUACGAGAAUUAGAGGUAUUAACAUGAGGAUGAAGGUAAGGAUAACAAUAGCAUGUAUUAAGAAUAAUUAUAUGAUGGAGGAUAGAUAAAAAGAUAUGUGCUUAAUGGACACUAGCAGUGA